AUGGCCUCCUCACAGUACAACAGCUACAACAAUGGCGGAUAUGCCCAGUCCAACCCAUACGACACCCGUGGUGGCAGCUACGACGCGCCACCUCCAUCAUACGGACAAGCACACGACGUCGAAAUGCAACCCCUCGCGGGCAACGGAGCCCCAUACUCGGCCACACCACAGCCUCGCGAUCCAAAUGCCAUUCUCAACGACUGUCGUGCCGUUGGCCGUGCGAUUGACGACCUCGAGAACCGCCUGACCGACCUGCAGCGCCUGCAACGCAACUUCGUCUCUGGCACCGGCACCUCUAACAAGGAAGUCGAUGGCUUGAGUGCAGACAUUAUGAGUGGAUACCGUGGGCUGGCCGACCGCGUCAAGCGCAUCAAGAGCCAACCAGAUGCCUCCAACGGACGCAACCGGGCCCAGGUUGAGGCUCUAGAUCGCCGGAUACGCAAGGCCAUCAACAACUACCAGCAAAUCGAAUCACAAUUUCGCAAAGAGGUCACAGAGCAACAGCGGCGUCAAUAUCUCAUUGUGCGUCCUGAUGCGACGGAGUCGGAGAUCAGAGAAGCUACGGAGUCGGGUGGAGAUACGCAGAUAUUUCAGCAGGCGCUUCUGAAUGCCGACCGCAGAGGCCAAGCACAGAGCACACUGAAGAAUGUCCAGCAACGCCACGAUGCCAUUCAGCAGAUUGAACGCACAAUGAUCGAACUGCAGCAGUUGUUUCAAGACCUGGAUGCUAUUGUUGUCGAACAGGAAGCCCCCGUUAUGGCGAUCGAGCAGAAGGCCGAGGAGACGCACACACAUCUUGAGGCCGGGAACGUGCAUGUUGCAAAGGCCGUAGAUAGUGCCCGUGCUGCCAGGAAAAAGAAGUGGAUCUGCUUGGGCAUUCUCGUUGCCAUCAUUAUCAUCAUCAUCCUCGCUGUAGUCAUUUACGGCGCCACAGCAGGAGGUUGGUUCAAGAGCAAGGAUGAUGCGACUACCAACACCAGCACCACGAGCUAG